AUGGACACCAACACUCCAAAGGGAAACGUUUUCAUUCAGUGGCUCAAAUCUCAGAGAGCCGCUGUUGACGAAACCGCGAUGGGUAUCGCCGACAUACCGGGAUACGGACGCGGUAUAGUUGCUCUGCGGGACUUGCCAAAAGAGCACACCUUGUUCACCAUUCCUCGAAAUCUCGUCCUGUCGAUGCGCACAUCGUCCCUUCCUCAAAAAUUUGGCCAGGCAGCCUGGAAAAAGUUCGGUUUGCACCAAGGCUGGAUUGGCCUCAUCCUCUGCAUGCUUUGGGAGGAGGCUCAAGGAGUGUCUUCAAAGUGGCAUGGAUUCUUCCCUAUCCUUCCUGACGGCUUUGACACCCCGAUGUUCUGGGACGACGCCGACCUCGAAGAGCUGAAGGGGACAGCCGUGGUAGAUAAGAUUGGCAAGGACGAUGCCGAAAACAACUUCAAGACCAAACUUCUGCCUGCUGUAGAGAGCCGUCCGGACCUCUUCCCCCCGGACACCGUUGCUACGACCUACACGCUUGAGCGUCACCAUUUAAUGGGCAGCCGCAUCCUCUCUCGUAGCUUCCAUGUCCUCCGGUGGAAAGCCUAUGGCGAACAGCCGGAUGAAGAAGCUGAGAUAGGCGAGGCCGAUGCAAGCUCGGUGUUGAAUGUGGAUGUUGCGGCUUCUGAGAGCAGUGUCAUGGACAUUGACGCGUCGAAUGACGAGGUCGAGAAUACCACCGCAGAAGCGGCCGAUAGUGCUGGACAUGAGGCGGAAAACGGCAAAGACGAUGAUGAUGAUGAUGACAGAUACGAAGACCCUGCCGAUGUCGCAAUGGUCCCGAUGGCAGACAUGUUGAAUGGCCGGUUUAAUACUGAGACAGCUAGGCUAUUUUACGACGACGAGCAUGUCCUACGGAUGAUGACUGUUCAUGAGAUCAAGGCCGGCGAGCAAAUUUGGAACACGUACGGAGACCCGCCGAAUUCGGAUCUUCUCAGACGUUAUGGCUUUAUUGACGUGACCAAACUGGAGUCUCCGCUAUCCGGCGCAGGCAACCCUGCGGACAUCGUCGAGAUACCUGCAAACCUUGUCGUAGAAGCGGCGACCAAACACACGACGUCCAAGACUCAGGAUCGUGUAGAUUGGUGGCUGGAAGAGGCGGAGGACGACGUCUUCGUUGUAGGUACUGAUUGCGAGCUUCCGCCGGAAAUGGUCUCCCUUGCCCGCCUGCUUUUGCAGCCGAAGGCCGAGUGGGAAAAGACUAAAGCUAAGGGCAAAGUUCCUAAGCCUACUAUGGAUACGACCAUUGCAGCAAUCGCCAUGGACGUUCUCCAGAGUCGUUUGAAAGAGUACCCAACUUCCGUCGAGGAAGAUGAGAGGCUCCUCGCCGACGAAUCCCAGCUUGGCUUCAACCGAAAAAUGGCUGUGACUGUCCGACUUGGUGAAAAGCGCAUACUUGCUGGUACGCUUAGAGAGCUGCAGAUCAAGUUUAGCAAGGAAGCCAGCAAGCGAAAGCGUGGCACGGACGGUGCGGCCGGCAAGGGCAAAAAAGCACGGCAGUGA